CUCCGCCGCUUCAAGGAUGUCGCCGAUAUGCUGCAGGAUUACAUUCCCAGCCUCAAAAUCGCCGGCGACGACUCCUCCGGCUCCGACGGGUCCUCGCAGCAGCUGUCCAAGGACCGGGUCAAGCUCCUCGGAUCGUCCGAGUCGCCGGGUUGUGACUCGUCGUUUAAAUGCUUCUCUGUUUCUGAGUUGAAGAAGAAGGUGAUGGCAGGGCUGUGUAAAAACUGCGACAAAGAAGGGCAAUGGAGAUAUUUGAUCUUGGGUCAAGCUUGUUGUCAUUUGGGGCUGAUGGAAGAUGCCAUGGUUCUUCUUCAAACCGGCAAGCGCCUCGCUACGGCGGCAUUUCGCCGGGAAAGUAUAUGCCGGUCUGAAGAUAGCUUCUCGCUCUCUGAUUUCCCUUUCUCCAGCGAGAUAUCGCCCACGAAUCCUCCGAACACACCCCCUCGUGCUCUCUCCGAUUCCGAAACGAUCACCAAUCUCCUCAGCCACAUUAAGCUUCUAAUUCGUCGGAGGACUGCUGCUCUUGCUGCCCUUGAUGCUGGCCUCUACGCUGAGGCUAUCCGCCAUUUCACCAAGAUUGUUGAUGGGCGCCGAGGCGCCCCUCAAGGCUUCCUUGCUGAAUGUUAUAUGUACCGAGCCUCUGCUUACCGAUCAGCUGGUCGAAUUGCAGAGUCAAUUGCUGAUUGCAACCGAACUCUGUCACUCGAUCCCAGCUGCAUUCAAGCUUUGGAGACCCGAGCUGCACUGUUUGAAUCAAUUCGAUGCUUACCGGAUUGUUUGCACGACCUUGAGCAUUUGAAGCUUCUGUAUAACACCAUAUUAAGGGACAGAAAGCUACCUGGUCCGGCUUGGAAGCGACAGAACAUGCGAUACCGAGAGAUUCCCGGGAAGCUCUGUGCAUUGACUGUCAAAAUUCAAGAACUGAAGCAGAGAGUUGCUUCAGGAGAGACUGGGAAUGUGGAUUACUAUUCGUUAAUUGGGCUGCGACGUGGGUGUUCAAGGUCCGAAUUGGAGAGAGCGCAUCUGCUGCUAUGUCUACGACACAAACCCGAUAAAGCUACAAACUUCAUUGAGCGGUGCGAGCUUGCAGACGACCGUGAUCUCGAUUCCGUUCGAGACAAGGCGAAAAUGUCAGCAUUAUUGCUGUAUAGAAUGCUGCAGAAGGGGUAUUCGAGCAUAAUGUCGACGAUCUUGGACGAGGAAGCGGCCGAGAAACAGAGGAAGAAAGCUGCAGCUGCAUUACAAGCAGCACAAGCUGCUGCAAUUCAAGUCCAACAACAACAACAUCAAGCUGCCCAGGAAUGCCUACUGGAAAUGGAACUCAUCAAAGCUGCAAACACAGCAUCAUCCAAAACCGCGAAAACCGAACAAAUCCCAGCAUCAGACAACAAGUCAUCGAGCGACAAAUCCACAUUCCAAGGAGUAUUCUGCCGUGACCUCGCCGUCGUCGGUAAUUUGCUAUCGCAGGUCGGGUUGAACCGACCCAUCCCAGUGAAGUACGAGGCAUUGAGCUGCUGAUCAAACUACUACUACUACUAGUUCUACAACAAAACACAGUUGGAAUCAAAUCAAAAUCUGUAAAACCAUGGGAUUUGGGGAAAAAAGUCUUGAAGUUUUUGGUUGAUACGGCAGGGAAAUCUCUCUUAUUUUUGUACAAAACAAAAGAAUGUCUAAAAAGAAAAAAACUCGAAAUUACUGCCGGAAAAAAUUUUGUCACUGUUGUUCUUCCCUUGUUCUUCAUUUCCAUUUCUCUCUAGAAUUCGAUGUACAGAGAAGCAUCAGCUCAUCAGCUUCAAUAUUUCAUUAUCUCUCUCUUCUCUCUCU